GGGAGCCCAGCUGAUGGCAGUCAUGCCCCUGAAAGCCCGGUACCAGGAGGUGGUGACCUUCGAGGACGUGGCUGUGUACUUCACUCGGACAGAAUGGGCAGGGCUUUCUCCUGCACAGAGAGCUCUUUAUAGAAAUGUGAAGCUGGAGAAUUAUGGGAACUUUACUUCCCUAGGAUACUUAGUUCCCAAACCUUCUCUGAUCUCACUUCUGGAGGGAGAGGGUUUGCUUUGGGGCCUGGAAACACAAGAUGAUCCACCUGCAGAGAGGACCAAAGACAUCUGUAAAGAUGCUGAGACCAACAUUGACAAUACAUCUGCAUCCACACUGAGAAUCUCUGGAGAGGGAGACAAGAUGAAACCAUGUGGGCUGCAGAAGCAUGUUCCCCAGGGAACUGACUUCCCAGAAAAAGGUGAAGUGGAGAAGCAACAGAAGACCCCCACAGUGAAAAAUAUUAGAGGCAAGCUUGAAAAAAUUCACUAUACAAGGAAACCCUUCAGAUGUGAGGAGUGUGGGAAAUGCUUCAGCUAUUUUUCUUACUAUGUUAGACACCAGAGGGUCCACACUGGCGAGAAACCCUUUGAAUGUAUUAAGUGUGGAAAAGCCUUUAAUGGCAAUUCUUCACUUAUUCGUCAUCAGAGAAUCCACACUGGAGAGAGACCCUAUCAGUGUGAGGAGUGUGGGAGAGCUUUUAAUGAUAAUGCAAAUCUGAUCAGACAUCAGCGAAUCCACAGUGGGGACAGACCCUAUCACUGUGAAGAGUGUGGCAGUAGUUUCACCAGUAGUUCUGAAUUUGUUAUUCAUCAGAGAAUCCACACUGGGGAGAAACCCUAUGAGUGUAACGAGUGUGGGAAAGCUUUUGUUGGCAAUUCACCACUAAUUCGGCAUCAGAAAAUUCAUACUGGAGAGAAACCGUAUGAGUGUAAUGAGUGUGGCAAAAGCUUUGGAAGGACUUCCCAUCUUAGUCAGCAUCAGCGUAUUCACACAGGGGAAAAGCCUUAUUCUUGUAAAGUAUGUGGCCAGGCCUUCAAUUUUCAUACAAAACUGACUCGGCAUCAGAGAAUCCACAGUGAGGAGAAGCCCUUUGAGUGUGUAGAUUGUGGAAAAGCCUUUAGUGCUAAGGAACAGUUGAAAAGGCAUCUCAGAAUCCAUAUUCAGGAGUCUUCCUGUAUAUGUGACAAGUGUGGAAAAGACUUCACCAGCAAAAGAGAUCUUCUGCAGCAUCAGAAAAUUCACACUGGAGAAAAACCCUAUGAGUGUAGCACGUAUGAGAAAACCUUCAGGAUUUCUUCCCGGCUAGGUCAUUUUGAGCAUGUCCAGCCUGGAGAAAAGCCUGUGCUGGACAUUUGUCACUUUGGCCUCCCAGAAUUUUUUACCCCCUUUUAUUGGUAAUAGU